GCCUGUCUGAUCAGUCGCGCAUCCGCGGUACAUAUUUCUCACUGCGGAGACGAGACUCCAGCUUCACUAUGUGGAGUUUAAAAAAAUAAGCAAUAAAUCCACAUUCGUAUCGGUUCAUGGAGUAGCUGUUGGCGUUUCGUUUGUUUAUGAAAAGUCUUUGGAGAGAGAUUGAACCACGGAACAGCACCUGUGCGGAAAUACAGUUUGGAACGUUCUCCAUCGCGGUGGAAGUUUGAUACAUUGAAAGACUUACUUUCAACGCGAAAAUCUGUUAUAAAGUGUCGUUCCCGGGGUUGGAAUCCUUGUUUUUUAAUGGAAGCUCCGCGGACUGAAGAAGCUUUUGGCGGCUGUCCAUGUUCUCCACUGCUAGACUGAAACCUAAAACAGAGGUCUUAUAAAAACUGUUUUCAACUCAACAUUUCCAGAGAAACAUUUUGUUGAGAGACAGGCUAUUGGUUUCUUCACAUUUGACAAACAUUCGCUGAAAUGUUUUGUUUUUAAAUAAUACUUUCACUGACGUUUAGACUUCCUUUGCCAGUCAAAGAACGGGAAUCUAAAUUUCUAUUCUGAUUCUAUUGAAGAGAAGGACACAACUACGUUAUUUUAUUUGGUUUCGUCAUACUGGUUUCCUCUUGGGUCGUCUUUUAUUUUGGUGUCUGCAUGAAAGUCAAGCGGAAAGUCUACCAGCAGCAUGCCGAGGAGAAAGCAGCAAGCGCCAAGGCGGUCCGUAGCUUAUGGGGACGAGGAUGAAUUUAAGGCUGAUGACAAGAUCGAUGAUGAGCACCUGCAAGAUGAUGGGCUCUCCUUGGAUGGACAGGAUGGCGAGUACCUCUGCAACGAGGAUGACGAUGCCGGGGACCAAUUCAGCUUCCAGAACUCCCCGUUCAGCAAUGGCACCAACCCCGACGCUGGCUACGCUUCUCCUCUCAGUGAUACCAGCGACCAACUUAUCGACUUCCAGAGCACACGCUCCAAGGACGGACUGGAUAAGGAGGAGGCAGUCAGAGGAGGAGUAGACGACCUAAAGAUCCCCAAUGGCCUGUCUCUGCAGGACAGCCUGGCGCAGAUGAAAGCUGUCUAUGCAAACCUGAUCUCGGACGCCUCUUGGUCCAGCAUCACCAAGGACAUGCUAAGAAGUAACAGCAACAAGGUCAUCAGUGUGAUCAGCAACAGCAGUGGAAGCAGCCACAAGGGGAGCAAUGGUACCACCAACAGUAAUACUAUCAGACUUGUGAACAAUAAUAACCACACCAACAGCAGCAGUAACACCUCUGCCCCUACCAACACUACCAGCAACACUACCGCUACAAGCACCGCUAACACUAACAACAAUGGCACUGGUGUCAGCACUGGCAGCACCGGUGGAGUGACCUAUGACUGGCACCAAGCAGCUUUGGCCAAAACCCUGCAGCAUACACCAUAUAACCUCCUCCCUGAGCCGAGCCUCUUCAGCACUGUGCAGCUGUACCGGCAGAACAAUAAGCUCUACGGUCCGGUGUUCACCGGUGCCAGCAAGUUCCGGUGUAAGGACUGCAGCGGAGCCUAUGACACGCUGGUGGGGCUCACGGUACACAUGAAUGAGUCAGGCCACUACCGUGAUGACAACAAGGACAAGGAAGAAGAGCGGGGAAAGAGGUGGUCCAAGCCACGUAAGCGCUCCCUCAUGGAGAUGGAAGGCAAGGAGGACGCUCAAAAGGUUCUCAAGUGCAUGUACUGCGGCCAUUCCUUUGAAUCCCUACAGGACCUGAGUGUCCACAUGAUCAAAACAAAACACUACCAGAAAGUGCCUCUCAAAGAACCCAUGCCAGCCCUCACCUCAAAGCUGGUGCCACCUACCAGAAAAAGAGCAUUUCAGGACUUGGUGUCCUCGUGCUCACCAGAGUCUGUCCACAACACACCUGGUGUACACCUGGGGGAGACCACGAAAGACCAGAAAGUGGUUAACCCCUAUGUCACAGCGAAUAACCGCUACGGCUACCAAAAUGGCGCCAGUUACACCUGGCAGUUUGAGGCUCGCAAGGCCCAGAUCCUCAAAUGCAUGGAGUGCGGGAGUUCCCACGACACCCUGCAACAACUGACAGCCCACAUGAUGGUCACAGGACACUUUUUGAAAGUGACCAACACAGCGUCCAAAAAGGGGAAGCAACUGGUGUUUGACCCCCUGGUUGAGGAAAAGAUGCAGUCCAUUCCUCUCCCGCCGACCUCUACACGACUCCCUGCGCCCAAUGUGAAGUCACAGCCCGAUUCUCUUCUCCUGCACUCCUCGCACACUGAAGAGAAAAGGGAGGAACACGAGGAGAAAAUGGAGAUGAGUGAACCAGAGAAUAAGAUCAAAGAAGAGAAAGAGGAUCUGACUGAGAAAAGUGAGAAAACUGGCAAGGCUGGACAUUACAAGUAUCUCACAGAGGAAGACCUGGAAGAGACUCCCAAAGGAGGUCUGGAUAUCCUGAAGUCCUUAGAGUUCACAGUGUCAAGUGCAAUCAGCAAGGCCCAGACUGGGACGCCCACCUGGGGUGGUGCUGGCUACCCCAGCAUCCACGCUGCCUACCAGCUCCAUGGGUCUCUGAAGUCCUCCAUGCAGAGUGUCCAGGUGGUUCAACCCUUGUUCAGCACUAGCAGCUUGAAGGUGAUGUCCUCUGACUCCAGCAAUCUGAUCCAUUCACCGAUCAGCCAUUCCCCACCUCCAAGCCACAAGAACAAUGUGCUGGCCAUGGAGGAGCUGGUGGAAAAAGUCACAGGGAAGGUCUCUGUGAAGAAGGACGAGAAGGCGUCAGAAAACAAAUGCAAAGUGAGCUCUACCAAGUCACCGUCCCCGCUGUCCAAGGAGAGGAAGGGGUCACCCAUGCCGGAUAGCCUCAACAAGCCGGUGAAAAACAUUGAUGUAGAGGAUAAGAGCGAGCCUAGAAGCAGAGAGGGAGAGGCAAAAGACGGCAAAGGGGAUCCGCCAAUGAAGAACGGAGCAGAUGUGCCAAAAACGGAAGCCAGCAAUGGCUGUAACGGCUUGGGAAUCAUCACGGAUCAUUCACCUGAGCAGUCGUUUGUCAACCCCCUCAGUGCGUUGCAGUCCAUCAUGAACAAUCACUUGGGAAAGGCCUCGAAGACAGCCACCCCCUUUCUAGAUCCUCUGGCAAUGCUGUACAAGAUCAGUAACAACAUGAUGGAGAAGCCCAUGAACAACUCCAAUCAGGUCAAGCAAGUUGAGUCAAUCAAUCGAUUCUAUGACAAUGAUGACCAACCCAUGGACUUGACAAAAUCCAAAAACACGAAUGGACGCACUGCUAACAGCACCUCCACUACGCCGAACAACAAUAGCAACUGUAACACCAAUAACAGCAACAGGCCUAUUCUCUCAAGCUUGUCUGAAUCUCUCUCGUCCCCUUUACGGGAAAAUGCUUUGAUGGACAUCUCUGACAUGGUCAAGAACCUGACUGGCCGUCUGACACCGAAAUCCUCCACCCCAUCCUCCAUCUCUGAGAAAUCUGACGCGGACAACAGCGCCUUUGAGGAUAGCUUGGAGGAGCUCUCUGCAUUCCAGAAAAGGAAGGGCCGGCAGUCCAACUGGAAUCCUCAGCACCUCCUCAUCCUUCAGGCCCAGUUCACCUCCUGUCUCCGGGAGACGGCUGACGGCAAGUUCGUCAUGACUGACUUAGGCCCCCAGGAGCGGGUCCAUAUCUGCAAGUUCACUGGUCUCUCCAUGACCACAAUCUCCCAUUGGCUGGCCAAUGUCAAGUACCAGCUGAGGCGGACAGGCGGGACAAAAUUCCUGAAAAACAUUGACUCGGGCCAGCCCCUGUUUCUCUGCAGUGAUUGUGCCUCUCAGUUUAGGACUCCUUCCUCUUACAUAAAUCAUUUGGAGUCCCACUUAGGUUUCAGCAUGAAAGACAUCUCAAAGCUUUCCAUAGAUCACCUUAGAGAGCAGCAGGCAGUUACCAGAAUGAUAACGGAGAAAACGUUCAGUUCCCUGGGACUUAAUGAGGAGGACUCGUGCUCUGUAUUUCAGUGCAAGCUGUGCAAUCGGACCUUUGUCAGCAAGCAUGCAGUCAAACUGCACCUUAGCAAAACGCAUGGCAAGUCUCCGGAGGACCACCUCAUCUUUGUCACUGAACUAGAAAAGUUUGAUAAAGCAUAAAUGAGCUGGACAAAAGCUGAUGAUAUGACUGAUUACUGAACCGUUGCACUAUAUCUCAAUACUGCACUGCAUCUUAACUGAGACUUUGGAAUCAGUCCGAAGUAACUGCUGUCAUAAAACUGGGCCAUGUUCUGUUUUGGAUUUUAUUUAAUUUUUAAACUGAACACACAUUUUUGCAGAUUAUUUAUAUGAUCUUUUGUCUGUGCAUGUUUUUCCGUAAAUUAAAGAGAUACUUUGGGAUUUUGGCAAUGAGGCUACUUAUCUACUUCCCCAGAGUACGAUGAACUUGUGGAUACCAUAUUUAUGCUUCUGUGUCCAGUAUGGAGGAAGUUUGAGGUAGUUUCUCGAGCCAAUGCUACCUAGUGUUAGCGCAAUGACUGGAAGUCUGUGAGUAUCUGCUAGCAUGCUAGUUCAUCUGACUGGGGAAGUACACUGAACAAAAAUAUAAACGCGACAUGUAAAGUGUUGGUCCCAUGUUUCAUGAGCUGAAAUAAAAUAUCCAUUAAAUGUUCCAUACGCACAAAAAUAUUAUUUAAAAAAAUGCUGUGCGCACAUUUGUUUACAUCCCGGUUAGUGAGUAUUUCUCUUUUGCCAAGAUAAUCCAUCUACCUAACAGGUGUGGCAUAUCAAGAAGCUGAUUAAACAGCAUGAUCAUUACACAGGUGUACCUUGUAGUGGGGACAAUAAAAGGACACUCUAAGAUGUGCCAUUUAAUCACAUAAUGCCACAGAUGUCCCAAGUUUUGAGGGAGUGUGCAAUUGGCAUGAAUGUCCACCAGAGCUGUUGCCAGAUAAUUUAAUUUUCAUUUCUCCACCAUAAGCCAACCUCCAAUGUUGUUUUAGAGAAUGUAGCAGUUUGUCCAACUGGCCUCACAACCACAAAGUGUAACAACGCCAGCCUAGGACCUCCACAUACAGCCUUACCUGUCGGAUUGUCUGGGAGGGGUAUUUCUGUCUGUAAUAAAGCCCUUUUGUGAGGAACAACUCAUUCUGGUUGGUUGGGCUUGGCUUCCAUGUAGCCCACCCAUGCCAAGUCAUGUGAAAUCCGUUGAUUAGCGCCUAAUGAAUUUAUUUAAAUUGACUGAUAUCCGUAUAUAUGAACUGUAACUCAGUAAAAUCUUUUAAAUUGUUGCAUGUUGCUUUAUGAUGCGUAUUAUUUUUUUCGUUCAGUAAAGGGCAUAAUUUCCAAAAUCACAAAGUAUCCCUUUAAGAUGAAACUAACAUUUUAAAAGAAAUGUUGAACAAAACCACACAUUUUGCAAAUAUAUGAUCGAUAUGAAGGUGUUUAGUUGUUUACAACUAAUCAAAAAGGAAUUAGGAUUUCUGCACUUUACAUAAGUGCUUCUGGGGUACAGUGAUGCGGUACACAUUAGGGUUGUUAAAAUAAACUCCAUGGCAAGAUGACAUUUAAACAUUUAGACUCUCUCUUCUCCUGAUCACCUCAACAUUGCGUAAGGGAAGUAACAUUUUAAAGGAUGAUGUGUAGGUCAAAUGGCAAACUACAGAAAGAACAGAAUACUCAUUUGUUUAGCUUUUCUCUGCAUACAGUAUUUGUUUCCCUAAUCAAGUAUUAUUUAAUGGUGGUAUUGAAAUAUUUGCUUUGAUACCACGUUUCUUUGUAUUGUGUGCAGUUUCAGUUUCAACUUGUAAAUUAAGUUUAAAAAUGAUACAUACAUAAAUGAUCAGCAAGCGUGUGUAAAUGUAUGUCAUAUCUUGCUAUUUGCUGCAGCUCAGCGUUUGUACUGUGUGCAUUUUUAUAUCGUCAUUUUAUAGAGAAAUAUGGAAAAAAUAUACAAUUAACUAUAUAUAGGUAUAAAUAGUAUAUACAGUGCCUUCAGAAAGUAUUCAGACCCCUUGACUUUUUCCACAUUUUGGUAGGUUACAGCCUUAUUUUAAAAUGUAUUCUAUAGUUUUUUCCCCCUCAUCAAUCUACAUAUAAUACCCCAUGAUUACAAGCAAAAACAGGAUUUUAUAAAAUGUUGCUAAUUUAUUACAAAUAAACUGAAAUAUCCCAUUUACAUAAGUAUUCAGACCCUUUACUCAGUACUUUGAUGCACCUUUGGCAGCAAUUACAGAACCUAGAAUCUUCUUGUGUAUGAUGCUAUAAGCUUUUCACACCUGUAUUUUGGGAGUUUCUCCCAUUCUUUUCUGCAGAUCCUCUCAAGCUCUGUCAGGUUGGAUGGGGAGCGUUGCUGUGCAGCUAUUUUCGGGUAUCUAGAGAUGUUUGAUCGGGUUCAAGUACGGGCUCUGGCUGGGCCACUCAAGGACAUUCAGAGAAUUGUCCCAAAGCCACUCCUGCGUUGUCUUGGCUGUGUGCUUAGGGUUGUUGUCCUGUUGGAAGGUGAACCUUCGCCCCAGUCUGAUGUCCUGAGCACUCUGGAGUAGGUUUUCAUCAAGGAUCUCUGUACUUUGCUCCAUUCAUCUUUGCCUCGAUCCUGACUCGUCACCCAGUCCCUGCUGCUGAAAUACAUCCCCACAGCGUGAUGCUACCACCACCAUGUUUCACCGUAGGGAUGGUACCAGGUUUACUCCAGAAGUGACGCCUGGCAUUCAGGCCAAAGAGUUCAAUCUUGGUUUCAUCAAGACCAGAGAAUCUUGUUUCUCAUGGCCUGAGAAUCUUUAGGUGCCUUUUUCCAAGCAGACUGUCAUGUGCCUUUUAAUGAGGAGUGGCUUUCAUCUGGCCACUCUACCAUAAAGGCCUGAUUGGUGGAGUGCUUUAGAGAUGGUUGUCCUUCUGGAAGGUUCUCCAAUCAAAACAGAGGAACUCUGGAGCUCUGUCGGGUUCUUGGUCACCUCCUUGACCAAGGCCCUUCUCCCUCGAUUGCUCAGUUUGGCCGGGUGGCCAGCUCUAGGAAGAGUCUUGGAGAUUCCAAACUUAUUUAAUUUAAGAAUGAUGGAGGCCAUUGUGUUCUUGAGGACCUUCAAUGUUGCAUAAUUGUUUUGGUACCUUUCCCCAGAUCUGUGCCUCGACACAAUCCUGUCUCGGAGCUCUACUGACAAUUCCUUCGACCUCAUGGUUUGGUUUUUGCUCUGUGGGACCUUAUAUAGACAGGUGUGUGCCUUUCCGAAUCAUGUCCAAUCAAUUGAAUUUUACACAGGUGGACUCCAAGUUGUAGAAACAUCUCAAGGAUAAUCAAUGGAAACAGGAUAAACCUGAGCUCAAUUCUCAUAGGAAAGGGUCUGAAUACUUGUGUAAAUAAGGUAUUUCUGCUUUUUAUUUUUAGAUUUGCAAAAAAAAUGAAAAACCUGUUUUUGCUUUGUCAUUAUGAAGUGUUGUGUGUAGAUUGCUGAGGAUUUUUAUUUAUUUAAUCAAUUUUAGGAUAAGGCUGUAACGUAAAAAAAAUGUGGAUAGAGUCAAGGGGUCUGAUUUGUUUCCGAUGGCACUGUAUACUGUAUAUAUACUGUAGAGCCAGAACAUGUCCUUUUUUUCAAUGAAAAGUAGGUCCUUCAGUGUGGUUUACAUGAUUAAAUGUAACUACGCAGGCAUCUCUUCUGGUGCAUGGUACUGUAUGUCAAAAUGAACAUGCAAUGCACAAGAAAUUAUACAUUUCAAUGUUGUAUCAUUAAUACUGUUCAAAAUUCUAUCCUCUAAAUCAUGAAAGUAUUGUUUUGUUUUUGCAAUUGUAAAAUAAACUUUAAACCAGUA